AUGGAAGUUAUUUCAUCAAAACGGUACAUUUUAUUAGCUUUAGCCAUGUUGAGCUUGUUGACAUCAAACAGCUUUUGCGCAGAUGAAUUAAUGAUGCCCAGUCUUCACAGCAAGGAAAAUUAUCACAAAUAUUCUGAGCCUACAAGAGCCCCUAUGGGGGAGAAGGAAACAAAUCACAACUUUGAACAAUUAAAAGAUUGGGGGCCAAAAAAUGCCAACAAGAUGAGUUCCCCAACUGUCAAGAAAAUGCAACCCUCUGCAGCCAAUUUGCCGUUGCGAUUUGGGAGGACCACAGAAGAAGAAAGGAACGCAGGUGAAAGGGCCAACCUGCCUCUGAAAUUUGGAAGGUACAUGAAAGAAGGCAUCUCAAGACGUGUUCCUAAUAUGCCCCAAAGGUUUGGCAGAACAACAACUCAAAGUGUCACCAAGACACUGAGUGAUUUUCUCCAACACAAGCAUUCACCAUCUGCAGUUGAGUUGACACCCCUCGGGAUCUGUCAGCCUCAACAUAUUCAGAAUCCUGGUCAAAAGCACCCAAGGACCGCCAUUAAUCAGAUCCUAGGAGGAAUUGAUAAAGAGGCUGUUUCCCGGGCCAAAGAAACGGUAUUUGAUUUGCAGAAGCAGUAUGGUCACUCUCAAAUUCACUUUACAGACACAGCGCCCCACAACACAAAUGCACAGGGACCCAGCUUUACAUAG